AGUAUUGAGUCGAGCUCAGAGGAGGGAAGCGUUCACGUGCUCUGAAGAAAUCCGUUCGGAUCUAGGAAAGGAAGUGGAAAACCAAAACUCGCAAAGACGAUCAUUAUUGCAAUACGGUUACAAAUCGGUUAAACUGAACUCUGAAAGAACUCUGAAAGAAGACUAUUAUUGAAAGAGAAAACUUGCAAGAUUAAGGACCUUACAAGGUUGCAAGGACAAUGCCAGACGAGAUGGUCAUAAAUGAAACAGUAGUUACACCUGCGGUCGGAUCGAGGGUGUUCGAUCGGUACGAAUUUGUCUCUGAGUCCCCCGGAGUGGGGGUCUUAGUGCUCAUUGUACUGAUUGUUGCUUCGGUGGUCGGGGGAUUUGGAAACCUUCUGAUUUUAGUGUCCCUUUGGAAAUCCAAGACGAUGAAGUCUCUAGAGUGUAUAUUUAUCGGCAACCUUGCGAUCUCUGACCUGUACGUCACAAUGGUGGCGGACCCAAUGAGCAUUGUCGCUAAACUAGAGGGAGAGACUUUUUUCAACUCCAUAUCUGGGUUAUGCCAGGCUAUCGCCUACGUAUGUACCAUUGCCUGUGUGAACUCUCUGGGCUCGAUCACUCUGAUGAGUUUUAACCGCUACAUAUUCAUUUGCCACCACAAAUACUACGACAAAAUUUUCAAGAAACCCAUUUGCAUAGCAAUGUGUAUCCUCUUGUAUCUUACUGGUCUCACUCUGGUCUUGCUAAAUUUGGCGGGAAUCGGUGACCAUUCCUUCGACCGAAAAAGUCUGGAGUGCAUUUGGGACCGCAUGGCCACUUACUAUUACACAGUGGCCUUUUCAGUUCUCUUGGUAUGGAUUCCAGUAACCAUUACGGGGAUAUUCUAUCUGAAGAUAUACAUAUCUGUGCGAACCAGCACGAAGAAAAUAACGGAAGUCACGUGCUCCAAUCACAACCGGAAGGCAAUCAAACUUGCGCGCACGCUGUUUUUCAUCUAUUUGAUUUUCUCCUCUUGCUGGAUACCGUAUGCUUUGAUUAUUGUUGUGGACAGGAAUGACACGUUUCCUUAUGAGUCACAUCUAAUCCUCACCGCCUUCGGGCAUCUUCAUCCUUCCAUUAACUGGCUCAUAUAUUAUUUCACAAACACUAAGUUUCGCAAAGCCUUUGAUGAAUUGGUGAAGCUGAACAAACUCUUUGAUUUAUGCAAAGCGAAAAAGAAAGUGGAGGCCAUGGAAAUGACCAAGACAACAACAAACUCUAACGAUUUAUUAGUUACGAAAACACAACAUAUUCUUUCUUCAUCAACAACAGAGUGAAACUUAGAAAAAAAAAGAGUUUCCUUCACCGAAGUUGGAUCUUUAUUUAAACAUGCACAGUUAUUUAUUAAUUGACAAAAAAAAAAGAAAAGAUUUGCAAAUAAAAAUUAAGUCCAUUAGCUGAAUA